AGGCCGGUUCGACGGCAUGAUUGGCCAGAUCCGUCGGGGUCGCCCACGCUGCUGGUCUGGCGAUUGGUUUACACCUGGUCCGCACCUUACUCGUUAUUGGCCGCAUAUCGCACUCGUUGUGACGUCAGGUGCAUCUCCGUAGCAACCAGUGGCGGCCGUGGAUCCAACCGAUACACUGAUUGGUCGCUGUCCUCCCGGUCGUCUUAACAACACACCCCAGCCGCGGAUACCUGCAGCAUUUCUAGGAGGCAGGCCGAAUUUAUGAUUGGCUACGGCUAAGCCUGAUCGAAGCUGCGAUUGGUGGAGGUGUUAACACCUUGCGGAUUGGCUACGGAUAACCUUUUUGCCAAUUGGCUGCUGCCGAGAUCCGCCCACUGCGCCUGUCCCCUUCUCUAAUUGGCCGAUGCCGCCGCAGUCGUUUCCAUGGGCGGAGACUCUAUCCAAGAUGGCGGCGGCGGAGAGCCUGUCACAAUUGGUCUUGGACUUGACUUGUUCCCUCUGUCAGGCGAUCUUCACCGACCCCGUGGAGCUACAAUGCGAACAUUACUUCUGCAGGGAUUGCAUUACAAAAUACUGGGAGCAGCAGGGCCAGUUGGUUUGCGCGGUUUGCUCCAAUAUCUCUGGGUCGAGUGCUUUGAAGAGUAACCGCAAGCUCUCGAGUGUCGUGGCGACAGUCUGCAAAGGAUGUGCCCAGCUAGAGGAGACCUUCCCCAGCCAGCACACCUGCCCAGAGCACCGGAAGAAAAUGGAACGCUUUUGUGUGACAGACUGCGAAGUUAUCUGCCUGGACUGCCGGGACUCCAGGAAACACUUGCAUCACGAUGUCCUCAACAUACAGGAGGCUGCGGAGGAGUUCAAGACACAACUUCAGAAAUCUGUGAUCAAACUGCAAACCUUGAUUGAAAAGCGAAACGUAGCAAAAAGAAAAUUUGAGGGUCUGCUGGAGGACACCUUGAACAUGACCCAGAGUAUAGUGGACAGCAUCAAGAAAAACUUCGAGGAGCUGCACAGCUUUCUUUACAAGGAGGAAUCUGUCCUGCUUCAGCAGUUGAAGGAGGAGGUGAACCAACAGAGCCACCAAUUACAACGGCAGAUCGAUCAGAUUCCCAGAGAUCUGUUGUCACUGGAUGGCAGCAUCAAGGCGAUGGAGGAGGAGAUAAACCAGAAGGAUAACAUUACCUUCCUAUCGAAUCUGAAAGAAACACAGAAAAGAGCGAAGGUUUGCGUGGCUCCCUUGGAGAAUAUAUCUGUGAAGGUAAAGCCAGAGAACUACUUGGGUCCGCUACAGUACUGGACGUGGAAAAAUAUGUUCAAGAUCUUAAACCCAGGUCUGUCAAAUCUAACCUUCAACCCUGCCACUGCAUGCUCCCACCUCUCCCUCUGUGGCCCAACCAGAGUAAGGUACAAUGAGAAGCCUAAGAUGGUCCCUGACACUCCGGAGCGCUUCAGUGUUGCACCCUUCAUCCUGGGCUCUGAUGGCUUUGCAUCAGGAAGGCACUACUGGCAGGUUGAUGUGGGCGAUGGCAAAGACUGGAGCCUGGGUGUUGCCAAAGAGUCCAUCAACCGCAAGGGUGACCUGCGUCAGUCUCCCAAGCACGGGUACUGGACCAUAUACAGGGAGAAUGACAGCUUCGGGGCAUUCCUCUUCCACCCUAAAGUGAUUGAGGUGAGAGGCAACCCCACCCGGAUUGGGAUCUACCUGGACUACGAAGGAGGAAGGGUUUCCUUUUACGAUGCGGAUCUCUUUUCCCAUCUGUUCACUUUCCACGCCAACUUCACAGAGAAGGUGUAUCCUUUCUUUUACCCAGGCCUGAAGGUGACCAAGAGCAAUAACAGUAUGCUGAGAAUACAGCACCUGUACUUGUGAACGGUGAGAGUGGUCCUGCACCAGACCAGUUCUGCCUGCAGCUUCUUAAUUGAGGAUUUGACAUUGUUCCCUCCCAUUGUCCCCGCAACUCACCACAACCACCCUCGUCCCACCACUGACAGGCCUUGGCAACUGAAAUCUCUGCUGAACUGCCAAUUCUGCCUGCAGUGGGAGUGGGGGGAAGGUCCUAUAAGUGGCCAGUGAGCUUGCCCAAAGGAGGGGUUGGGGAGUGGGGUCUAGCUGCAGUUCCAGAGAGUAUAUUUGCAAACUGUUCAGCCGGUAGAAGAGGUGGUGAUUUGUUUUUCAAGAGAGAAAGUUUCUAGCAUGAUGCCCACGCAGGCAUGUAGGACAAGAGGCCUGUAUUGUUGGGGUUACUGGGAAGAAAUGUAUUUGUUUUUAUCUUUACAGUGAAACCGCAACCAAAUCAAACCCCACCCACCCCACCCAAAAAAUAAAGCCUCCCCACCACCCUGCUUCACCACCCGUCCCCUACCAAACAAUAUGAAGGGGCAGGGGCAGACCAGGCAUCUCAGCUCACAAAACCAAUCAAAUUACGUCGGGUUUUACAAUAACAAAGCAGACCAUUUGAAUGUUCUGGUCUUUGCCAGUGCUUAUGCUCAUCGCUUACUACUUUGCCUCAUAUCCUUGUAUCCUUCCAAUCAUUUGCCCCUAUAGCUUUCCCCUUGUUAUCUAUUGUUCCAUUGUUAUUAUCUAUUAUUCACAUCAACCAGUGGUAACCAGUUCCACAUUCCCACCGUUCCUGUAAGGCCUCCGUUUCGGUGUCACUCGGAGAAUGCAGUUGUGCCGGGGUGGGAAAAUGUGUCCACUGAAUUUGGUAUUUUGUGAGUGGAGAUAUUGGCGAAUCAACAGCUUUAGAAGCCUGUCGUUUGUAAGAGCUUACUGGCAAAGCCAUUUUAUAAUUUCCUUCACGGUGUGAAGCAAGUGUAUCUGGUAACUCCAGUUCCUCUCAAUCCGCGGUAGCCAGCAUAAACGUGAUAGCACCAUUCUCUGUAACAGGAACACUGCUUCUGUGUCACUUAUUUAGUUGUUCCCAGCUUCCAUCUGACCUGCAAUGCUCAGUCAGCGCAUCCCGUAAUCUUAACUUGCUCAGAGGCCUCAAAGUUUAAAUACACAAAGGAUGAUUGAACAUUAAUGAGAUGGUGUUUACUUGGUGGCAGUGGCUUGUGUUCAGUGUUCCCUGACCAGCUAUAAUUUGGAGGAUGAGUACAGCCCAACAUAAAGGGAGCCCUCAAUAUAGUAUCACUGGCAGCUUUCAAAUUGUUGCUGUAAAUGUUCUAUGUUUUGUGCUUUGUGGACAACAUAAUUUAAAAGUGAACAACUGGACCAGUGGUAGCUGUAUGUCCCUUGGUUAGUUGUCCUGUGCUCUACAAGCUGUCAGAUUACCAGGCAAUGGGUGCAAUUGCUUCUUGUUAGGUUUUUGGUAUGUAGCCUGGUACUUAAAUUGACAAACUGGUUCUGUUUCUAAUCAUUACUGGUUCUUGUUGCAUUAAUAGUGCAGCAUUUGUUGGUGAUUUAAUGUAUUAAUUGGAUGAACCUUAAAUCAAUUCCUCCAUGUUUUCUUGGUUUCAGCUUAUGUGUAACUUGUGCAGGCAAAUGAGAGUGUGGAUUUAAACCUGUUGUGCAUAUGUAUGCAAAGUGUGCAGAUCCCUAAAUUGCUUGUCCACUUACUUGCACAGAGGAAAGUUUUAUACAAGGUCUUCACCACAUCACCAGCUUUAACCAUCCAAAGAUAUUGGGCUAAAGUCUUCCUUAUCUGCCAGCUCAUCAUUCACAACAAAAUUGUUGGCACAAGUGCAGAGCACAAAGCCUCUCGUUAAUAAAUAACUGAUAUAGUUAGGGCUGUGCAUUUGCGCUAGGGUCAUAGUGAAGCAAGCUUUCCUGGUGUAAAUUACACAUUGCCUGAACGGUAUGAGUAAUCCCAUUGCAUAACUGAGGUCCAGCAGCGCUCUCUCGCUAAGAGUUAAAACUGGUAAUGUGGGGUGUGGGGAUGUGAGAAAGGAGUAGCAAAGGAAGUGAUUCAAAAGCAUGUAAACCCAUGAAAUCAUGCAGUAAAGGAGGCCAUUUGGCCUUCCAUGCCUGUGCUAGCUCUUUGAAAGAGCAUUCUAGCUUUAUUUUUCCUUGCUGCUCUGAACGUUUUUCCACUUUGUGUAAUUCUCCCUCUGGGACAUGGUUACUGAAUCUGUUUCCAACAUCUUUACAAGCGUUGCAUUCCAGAUACAAGUACACCACCCUGAAACCUCAAUUUUCUUAUUCCUACAUCCUCGGUUACUGACUCGACAUCCAGCAGAAAGCUUUUCUCCCUGAUCACUCAGUGUGAACCCCACUAUAAUCCAGAAGGCCUCUGAUAAAUUUCCCCUUGAUGUUCCAAGAACUAAGCAGAAUUAAACUUCUGUUAAAUUAUCUUUAGCAACACUUAAUAUUACCGAAAAUAUACUUUGAUAAAUUGCAAGUGAUAAAUUGAGCACAAUGCAGUAAUAAGACUGUCUAGUAAUGUGACCACAGCAUUAGUUACAACUUAAAACUUUUUAAGUACUUAUCUCAACAUUAUCAUACAUAGUAAAGACAACAUAAACAGUGCUAAUUGCUUUAUUCUUUAGUUAAUAGCAACAUCUAUUAAGGCUACAAUUGAUUGGUGUGCAAUCUUUAGCCUGCAUAUGAACUCAUUCAGAUGAACUUAAAAUGGCAAGUUUUACUAUUUUAACCUGCUUCAAGUAAAUUAAUUGGUGUCAGUUAUGCUCACCAGAAAACUUCUAUAUACAUUUGUGACAAGAAUUUCUUAAUGCAGUUAAGCAACCAGCUGGGAAGCGAGCAAUUCUGAAACUCCUAUCAUUGCUGUUUAGUUGUAAUAUUCUUCAAAACUUUAAUCUGAGGGAGAAGAUCUUUAAUGCUGUUUUAACUUGUGUUGCGGAAAUGUUGCUUUUGUUUUGAAGAAAUUAUUGUAAAUCAUUUUGUGUUUUCUAAUAUUAAAACAGCCCUAAACUUAUUGAUGCCAAUAUCAGUGUUGUUGCUUAGGUUAUUUAUUCAGUGUAUUGCUAAUGCUUAGGACAGUAUCGCAAUUGAAGGCAAACUGCUUUUAAAGAUGUUUGGUAAUCCCAUUGUAGUUGUGUCCUUGGUUGUCAUUGGGAGAACAUGUCAGGCUACAGGUUACCAAGGUGAUGUCAGACACACUCAUAAAGCCUAACAUAUUUUGAUCAGCAAUGUAUUGAACGCACUUGCUAGUGCGAUCCUGUUUAACUUUAUGCAAGUCCCCAGUAUGUGCACAGUUUAAUGCGACACAGGAUAUCAAGUGUGAGUGGUAGGAGAUAGCAGGAACUGCCGAUGCUGGAGUCAGAGACAACACAGUGUGGAGCUGGAUGAACACAGCAGGCCAGGCAGCAUCAGAGGAGCAGGAAAGCUGACAUUUCGGGUCUGGGCCCUUCUUCAGAAAAGUUAUUUGAGUGGCAGGAGGCUACCUUAAGGAUUGAGAGUUACUGGCCUUGUUUCAUAAUGGACACCACUCUGUGUCAACAUCAGGAGUUGUGGGCAUCACAGCUAAGGCCAGCAUCUGUAGCCCAUUUCUAAGUGACCUUUGAUAGCAGUUAUACAUUAACCAUUGCUGUGGGCCUGGAAUUGCAGGUUGUCCAGAUGGGGUAAAUACAGUCAAUGCCCUUCCCUAAAUGAAUUCCAGAUUUAUUUAUUGAAUUUAAAUUCUACCACCAGCUGCUGCAGUUAAAUUGGAAUCUCUGUCCCUAAAGCAUUAGGCUGCACUUCUGGAUUGCUUGCCCAAUGGCAUGACCAGACAAAUUAGGAGGAGUCGGACAUUCAGCUUCUUCAGCACACUCUACCACUCAAUAAAAUCACGCCUGAUCUGAAUGUAACCUCAGAUCUAUAUUUCCACUUACCACGAUGCCAACAAGUCUCUCGCUUGAAUCAUCAAGCAUAAUUCUAAACUCCAGCAGGCCCAGUCCGCUAGGGAAAGACCUCGAGUUACUUGUGUUAAUCUAAAGCUAGUCACUUGGUAAUAGAGUUUCAGGAGAAACGUCUUGCCCAAGAGAGUGGUGAAAAUGUUUCUCUCAAUUUUUUUUGUCAAAUGGGGAAUAUGCAAAACCAGGAGAUUGGCUCUGCCAUACCUAGUAGAUGUUAAUAAAUGAAUGUUUCUCAGCGGGGGGAUUAAUAGAAAAGUAGGGAAGUUGUGCUUUAGGGGACUGGUGAGACCACGUCUGGAAUAAUGUACACUGUAUUGGUCUCCUUAUUGAAGGCAGGAUGUAAAUGCAUUGGAAGCAGUUCAGAGAAGGUUGACCAUACUAAUACCUGGAAUGGACGGGCCUCUCUUUGAGGACAUUAUUGGACAGGCUAGCUGUGUAUCCAGUGGAGUUUGGAAGAAUAAGAGGUGACCUGAUUGACACACAGUUCUUGAAGGUUCUUGAUAGGAUUGGUAUGGAAAAUUUGUGGAAGAAUCUACAACUAGGGAAGUCACUUGAAAAAUCAGGGGUCACCAAUUUAAGACAGAUCUGAGGAUUAUUUUCUCUUGAGAGUUAGGAGUCCUCAGGACUCUCUCUUCCUCGAAAAGCAGUCCAUGAAUAUUUUUAAGGCAGAGCUAGUUAGAUUCUUGGAAUCCGUACAGUGUGGAAGCCAUUUGGCCCAUACCAACCCUCCAAAGAGCAUCCCAUCCAGACCCACCACAUUCCCUCUAACUCUGCAUUUCCAAUGGCUAACCCACCUAGCUUACACAUCCCAGGAUACUACAGGGCAAUUUAGUAUGGCCAAACCACCUAACCUGCACAUCUUUGGACUAUCGGGGGAAACCCAUCCAGUCACAGGGAGAAUGGGCAAACUUCACACAGUUGCUAGAGGGUAGAAUUGAACCUGGGUCCCUGGCGCUGUGAGGCAGCAGUACUAACCACUGAGCCACUGUGCCUUGAUAAAUGAGGAGGUGAAAGGUUAUUGGGAGGAGGUAGGAAUGUGGAGUAAUCAGACCAGCCGUGAUCUUAUUGAAUGGUUGAACUUGAGGCAUCAAGUGGUCUAUUCCUUGUUCAUAUGUAACUCAGGACACCAUAAAUGCUUUGUACCCAAUGGAAUACACCUGAAGUAUAGCUAUUAUAAUGCAGGAAUUUGAGCAAAACAGUGUUCAAAACAGAAUAUAAUCAGAAAAUCUGUUUUCUUUUGCUCCUGUUGAUUGAAUGUUAUCAGCCAAUAUACAAGGGAUAGCUUGUCUGCUACUCUUCAAAAUGGCGCCAUAGCAUCUUUGACAUCUGAAAAACUGAUGCAAAGUGCAGGUGGUUACCUCACAUUGGCAGAAAUAAAAUCUGCAUGUUUUGUCUGUAAAUGAUUUGGUCUCGUGACCCAAAUAUGGAAUGGGUAGUGCUGCAAAUGAAUUUCACUUGGCUAAGCACAUGUGCUGUUGUCGAAAUAGAAUCACUCUUGGCUGUGUACGUGCCCUGUUGAUGCAAACAACAUACAGAACCAAGGAAAUAGUAGGUUACCUAUCUGCCUGUCUUUCCAUGCAGCACAGCACCUUGCCAAUGUAGCCAAGUGUUUUACAUGCAAAUUAGAUUGAGAUUGGUGACAUUCUGCUAAACCAUGGGCAUUGCGUUACAGCGGAGUUCAGUUCUAUGCUCAUCUGCCCACCACACAUUUCCAUUUUCCAACAAAGGCUUACAGGACUGCACUGACUGUGGAAUGACUCACUUACCAUACAUCUACUUCCCCACCCAACCCCCUCUUGCCCCCACCCUCUUUCGCCAGCUGUACCAAAUGAGGUCAAGAAGAUCAGCAUAGACUGGACACUGAACCUGAGGUCUUGAGGACUCCAUGUUAAAAGUAGCCAUUUGUGCUCAUGAUCACAGUGAGGAUACUAUUGCCACUAACUCAGUAAGUCAUAAAUUCAAGCCCUUACUUCAGAGCUGAGGACAGAAAAGCUACAAAGAAAAACACUAAGCAAGUACUGUGCAGUCAGAAAUUCCAACUGCCAGAUGACUUUUUAAACUGAGGCUCUGCUUUCCCCCUCAAACACUCACAACAGAUCACACAACAUUAUUCUGAAAAUAAAGAGGUGGGUUCCUCACAGUUCCUCGGCCACUAGCUAUCACACAACAAACUUUGUGUUAAAAAUUUAUCCGGUCAUUCUCACAUUGCUGCCUAUGGGAGCUGCAGUGUGAGAAUUAGCCGGUAUCUGUUUCCCAUAUCACAGCAUGCUGUGGAGGUGCUAGUGUUGGACUGGGUUGGACACAUCAAAAAUCACACGACACCAGGUUAUAGUCCAACAGGUUUAUUUUUAACACAAGCUUUCGGAGCAGUGACGAGCACUUGAAUGAAAAUAUUUCUAGACAAGUUGUUUCCUUCUCUUGAAAAAAGAAUUGUAAAGUUUUGCCCGCACCAUGAAAUAAAUUUAAAUUUAGAUAAUUAAUUUCAUUUUGUCCCAAGUGACUAGAGAUUUAAAACAUGAAGAUCAGGUUCUCGCGAGUGUGUUGAGUGAGCUCGAUAGGCUGAAAAUCGAGUUCUUGUUCCAUACUUGUGCUUCAGGACUUGGCAAUGAUAGUAGUGGAACACAGGCAUCAGCUUCAUCUUGGACAUUCUGUUGCUCACAUCUGCUUUCUUGUGUCAUUUGUGUUAACAGCAACAAUGUGCCAUCAUUACCAAAUUAAUAAUGGGCUCAGUACUUACAAGGCCUAGUUUGGAGUAAACAUAUUAUCAUCCAUUUGUGCCGACCUAAUUGCAUAUACAACUUGAUUGUAAGUCUUCUAUUUAUUUAAAUGAUAACAAUAUAUCUGUAAAUGGAAAUCAAGUAAUUUGUGCUUGAAUAAACUAUGUUUGCAAAUUUCUGA